UUUUGAACCAAUGUUGCAAUUUCAUGACAGGACUCUCACCAGUUCUGAUGCUGCAAGUCACGUCUUUCCUGAUUGCAUCACACUGGCUAUUGCGGCACGCUUUUGUGCUCUACGAUGGUCUGGCAAUCGCCAGUGAGGCCACUAGAGUGCAAAAUGAUGGAAGGCAGCAACUGGUCUUCAUUUAUGCUCAUAAUUACAGCUUGUAUUUUGAAUGCAUAACUAAAUUCUUAAUUUCCUAGUCCAAUGAUUGUUGAAGUCUAUAGAAAGGGAAGUUCCACAACUAUCCUUUCUUAGGUAAGAACUGUCUGUGGAAGUGCUGGUGCUAUUUUUGAGAUACACUAUUUCAGGCCUGCACUGAGCCAAGAUGAGUUGGAGUUUCUUGACACGCCUCCUUGAGGAGAUCAACCAGCACUCGACCUUUGUGGGAAAGGUGUGGCUGAGCGUGCUGAUUGUCUUCCGCAUUGUGCUGACUGCAGUAGGCGGCGAGUCCAUCUACUAUGAUGAACAGAGCAAGUUUGUGUGCAACACGCAGCAGCCAGGUUGUGAGAAUGUCUGCUACGAUGCCUUUGCGCCCCUCUCGCAUGUCCGUUUCUGGAUCUUCCAGAUCAUUUUGAUAGCCACGCCCUCAGUGAUGUACCUGGGCUUUGCGCUGCACCGACUCUCACGCCAGCCCCCUCGAAAGAGCCGAGCACCUGUGGUCCGGCGUGGCGCUGUCCGGGACUAUGAGGAGGCAGAGGACAAUGGCGAGGAAGACCCCAUGAUCUUUGAGGAGAUGGAGCCUGAAAGAGAGGUGAAGGAGCCAGAGAGCCAGAAGCACGACGGCCGCAGACGCAUCAAGAAGGAUGGGCUGAUGACGGCUUAUGUGUUGCAGCUGCUGUGCCGUUCGGUAUUUGAGGUGGGCUUUCUGCUGGGGCAGUACGUGCUGUACCGCUUUGAGGUUAACCCCUCAUAUGUGUGCACCCGCAGCCCUUGCCCUCACACCGUUGACUGCUUUGUUUCCCGCCCCACUGAGAAAACAAUAUUCCUCCUCAUCAUGUACGCUGUGAGUGGCCUUUGCCUGCUGCUCAAUAUUGGCGAGCUGUUCCACCUGGGCUUUGGUGGGAUCCGGGAUGCGCUUCGUGGCCUUGAUGGUAAGGAUGGUGGUGUCCCCCCCAGGCCCCAAUAUGCCCAGAAAGAUCCCAGUGCACCCCCUACCUAUCAUUCUCUCAAGAAGGAGCCCACGAAGAGCCAGUUAGCCAAGGACAAACUGGGCUAUGGUGGACAGAGCUUGGGUGGCAUGGCUGCCGAGCGCUAUGCUGUCACACCAGGUCUCCCAAACCAUGAGCUGGAGCGACUGCGGAAGCAUCUCAGGAUGGCACAGGAGCACCUAGAAAUGGCUUUCCACCUGCAGCCGGAGGACACUGCCAGCCCCUCGCGUAGUAGCAGCCCUGAGUCUAACGGACUCGCUGCAGAACAGAACCGCCUGAACUCUGCACAUGAGAAGGAAGGUUCAGCCUGCGAGCGAACCACUGGUCUCUGAAGCACUGGGCCUCACUCGUCAACUGCACAGAUGACAACAGGAAGUGUCUGUGGAGAAUUGGCAGUGUGUGAAUGUCUGAUCCUGGCCUGAAGUUUGAAAAUGCCCGGACAGAGUGGGUGGAGGGACGAGGAUGUUCUCUGAUUUUUGUUGGGUUUGGGGGCAAGGGAAGGGAAAUGACAGAAGCCUCCUAAUUCCGGCCUCCUGAGGGGCAUCUUCAGAAGUCUAGCUCUGUGUAUGUAUGCGAAUGUGUGUCUUUUUUUAAAAGGGUCUAAAAGGGAAACUUAUUUUUUUACUUUUAUACAUGUUGUAAAGGUACUAUUUUGUCCUUUAUCUCUGCUGACUGUCUCCUAAGUGGGAGUGUCUCUUGUUUUCUCUAGCGCAGUCUUUGCCAACCUGGUGCCUUCCAGAUGUUGUGGACUGCCGUUUCCCUUCAGCCAGCAUGGCCAUCUUGAGGGCACCAGGUUGAUGAACGCUUCACUAGCGGGACUGGAUAGGCAGCUAUAAAGCAGCUUUCACUGUUUCUGUUGGGGUUUACUGUACGUUGGGGGGAGCAGAGAGAAGAACGAGAUGUCCAGAACUCUCCUGUUUUCACUACACAGCCGUAUACAAUCUGGCCUCCUCUUCUCUCUCUCUCUGCCCCGACACCAGAUUUUGGAAACAGUUGGUGGUUGGGCCAAAGAUAAUUGUGCUACAUUCCAAGAUGCCAGUUUUUAGACAGCAUCUGCCUUCCUGCCCUCUACGGGGUGCUGUGCUGGGUUCUUUGAUGAAUUCCAACAGGACCCCAGUCACAUUUUGAUCAUCUCAGCGAUUGACGUGAAUUGUGUUUGUCUUUUUUGUCUUUUAUAAUUUACUGGAAUAGUUAUGACUUUUUUGUUCUUUUUAUAUAAAUAUGUUAUAUAUAUAUUUGGUAUAAAUCAGGAGAUUUUUUUAUAGGAA